UCUAUGUCAUGCCAAAUAUAUGGAAAGGGGUGGUAGCUCAUAAAGAAUAUUUGAAAAAUGCCAUGGACUAUUUCAGAAACAAAUAUGAAAAUCCAUUGUUCAUCGUAACCAGUAAUGGAAUGGAUUGGUGUGAAGAAAAUGUUAAUAAUUCACUAGGAGAUGUCUACUUUGCUGGAGAUAGUCAAAUAGAUUCCCCAGGUCGAGACUUUGCCCUCCUGGCACAUUGUAACCACACCAUCAUGACUAUAGGAACCUUUGGUGUUUGGGUUGGCUACUUGGUAGGUGGUGAAACGAUCUAUUUAACAAACUACACACUGCCCGACUCUCCUUUCCUUCAAGUUUUUAAAUAUGAAGCUACCUUU